AUGAGGGGCGCGAAGGUGGCGGCGGCGGCGGCGGAGAGGACGGAGGAGAAAGAGAUGGACUUGCUCCUCAGCGAGAUCCCCCACGUCACGUCGCCGCAGGGGCAGCGCGGCGUCGGCGUCGGCGUCAUCGGCCACGGCAACGGCGUGCAUGGCGCCGCGGGCGGCCGCGGCUACGCCGCGCCGUGCUACGGCGAGGACGGCUACUUCGCCAUGGUCCUGAACCGUCGCGAUGAUGGCGCUCCACUCCAGGGCGGCGGCGGCGGCGCUGCAGGGGGCGUGGCCUUCGCCGCGCCGCUCCCCGUGGGCUCCGAGCCGUCGCCGGCGUCGGGACCGUUCGUCGGUAGCGCGGUGCCGCCGCCGCCACUGGCGCGGUCGGUGAUCGACCCGGACCAGCAGUGGCUCGCGAACCAGCUCCGCGGCCUGCGCAUCGGGGACGCGCCCGCCGCGGGCGCGCAGGCCGCGCUCCAGCGCCAGGGCCCGCUGGCCCCGCCGCCAGUCAAGACCCCGGCCCCGGCUGAUGUCUCUGCGGCGCGCGGCGCCUACCAUGGGUACAACUUCGGGGCGCCAGGUUCUUCCGUCCACCAGUUCCUUGAUCAGGCCAAAGCCGUCGGGUACGUCGCAGCACGGCCACAGCGCUUCCUGUCGGACGUCGGCUUAGAUGGCUACGGCGGCUUCCCCAGAGGCCUGGACACCAGCAUUGGCGGCUUCAUGUACAAUAGGGUAGGGCAUGGCACUGGCAUUGGUUGGGGCCAAGGUUUGGUGCACCCUGAUCUCGCCGAGUCCUACUUGCUUUCCAGGCACACUGGUGCAGAGUUUUUCAGUCCCAGUCAUAUUGCUCUUGACGUCCGUGGUGGACCAAAGCUACAAUAUGCAUAUGGUGUCCCCGUGGCAGACAACGGGUUUGCAAGAAAUGUAAAUCAGUUUGAGGCAUUCCGUUGUGAGAACAGUCUGAUGUUUGAUGGGAAGAAGAACAUGAACUUCUUGGAACGUGGGAGGGAGAGGAGAUUCCAGCAGUUUGUCAAUAACAGGGCACCGGAGCUUGGGAAUUCUAGGACUAUGAGGUAUGAGAACAUGGUUCGAGUAAAGGAAUACAUCUAUUUUAUGGCCAAGGACCAGUAUGGAUGCCGGUAUUUGCAGCAGAAGUUUGAGGAAGGGAAGCAUCAUGUGGAUGUGAUCUUUGAAGGAAUCAUCAACCACACUGCAGACCUUAUGAUCAACUCUUUUGCCAACUAUCUUGUACAGAAGAUGCUGGACGUGUGUGAUGAAGAGCAAAGGCUGAGGAUCAUCGCUGUGCUGACGCAAGAUCCUGUGAGGCUGGUUGCUAUCUGUAUAAACUUGCAUGGGACAAGGGCAGUACAGAAAUUGAUAGAGACUGUUACGACCAGAGAGCAGAUUGUGCUCAUUACUUUAGCCCUACAGCCAGCCUUCAUGGAGCUUGUCAAUGACCCUAAUGGUAAUCAUGUAAUACAGAAGUGCCUGACAAACUUUGGGGCAGAGGAGAACAAGUUCAUAUAUGAGGCCGCUGCAGCUAACUGUUUUGAUAUGGCGAUACAUCGCCAUGGAUGCUGUGUUCUACAACGUUGCAUAUCUAGUGCACGUGGUGCAUACCAGGCCAAGCUAAUUGUGGAAAUAUGUGCUCGUGGCUUUGAGCUUGCUCAAGAUCCAUUUGGGAACUAUGUGGUACAGUAUGUUCUGAAUCUGAAAAUUCCUUCUGCAAAUGCUCACUUGGCGUCUCAGUUUGAAGGAGGGUAUGUUUAUCUCUCAAAGCAGAAGGUGAGCAGCAACGUGGUGGAGAAAUGCCUGAAGAUUUUCCCAGAUGAUGCCAAAGCUGUCAUAGUGCGUGAAUUGCUCAAUGGGUCUCAUUUUGAGCAACUGCUGCAAGACCCUUACGCCAACUACGUCAUCUACACUGCCCUUCUCAACACCAGGGGCCAUCUUCACAAUGCCCUUGUCGAAGCUAUCCGCCCUCAUGAGGACGCCAUCCGGACUAGCCCCUGUUGCAAAAGGAUCUCCAGGGCCCUCUCCAGGAGGUGAGAGAGGUGUACAA